UAAAGUAGGAAAUUUUAAGUAAUUGUAGUAAGGAUUCUCUGGCGAAUUCUCUUCGACAGAAGAAUAAAUAAUCUCUCAUUAAAAAUUAAAAGUUUCCGUAUGAAUGCUUGAUUGAAAAGUUUAAUUUACAUUUUGUUUUUUAACAAGCUAAUUUCCAAGACAUUACUUAGACAGUUAUUUUUUCUCAUGCUUCACGUCUUUGCAAUGACAUAAUGAUGAUUUUAUUAGAUAUAAUUCUGCUCAUAUCACUGAUCGCCAAGAUCUCAUCCUAUGAUCUGUUCGAAGGACUCUUCCAACAGAGAGACCCCUGUUUUGAAGUAGUUCAUGGCGAUUAUUGCGAUACAACAUUAUCUGAAGUUUACUCACCUUCUUAUAAGGGAUCAAACAUCAACAAUAUGGAUACACAACUUUGGCUCUUCACUGCUAAAAAUCCCGAAAAGGGAGAACCCCUGCAUAAAUGUGGUGGAAAACUGCCAGAAGACACUGACUUUGACACAACUGUAGACACAGUGGUAAUUGUUCAUGGCUGGUUGGAUGGAGUGUGUCGAACUGCUUGGAUGAGGGAGAUAAAAGAACAACUCUUCCAACGCGAGAAAUACAAUGUUAUAUUAGUAGACUGGACCUGGGGUAACACUCUUGAUUAUGCUGAAGCCUCUGCCAAUUCAAUUGUGGUUGGUCAAGACAUUGCUUUUGUGGUUAUGAAUAUCAUGAAACAAACGAAGAUGACCAAUGGUAAUAGAUUUCAUUUCAUAGGUCAUAGUUUUGGGUCGUUUGCAGUGAGCGAAGCUGCAAGAUUUAUAUUAAAAAGGAAACCACAGUAUAAAAUUCGAAGAAUGACGCUCUUGGAUCCUGCUGUUGCGCCUUUUAGACAUGGUGAUCCUGGAAGAUUUUUAGACGCUGAAAAUGCUCAAUUUACAGACGUCAUUCAUAGCAAUGCAGGAGAUUGCUUCCCAAUUAGCAUUGGAAUACAGAAUGCUGUUGGCCAUGCUGAUUUUUACCCAAAUGGGGGUAGCUUUCAAAUAUCUUGCUACACUUACGCAAUUUCAACUUUACUGAAAGGGGAUUAUAUAUUCGCUUUAGGCUUACUCUCUUAUCUUCCUCUGUGCACUCAUUUACAAGGAAUUCAGUAUUUUAAAGUAUCCAUCAAUCAUCCUCAGGGUUUGUUCAUCGGAGUUGAGUGUAAAAGUUACUCGGAUUUCUUGCAUGGUGAUUGCUACAGAUGUUGCAAGAAAGAUUGGUCAAAAUGCGCUGUUAUGGGAAUGGAUGCAGAAAAAUAUUUCCCUUAUCUGUAUCAACCUAAGAUGAAAAACAGGACUUAUUACAUGAACUUGGAUUUUGAAUGUCCUUAUUAUGAGGAUUAUAAAUUCAGCACUAACCAUGACUGCUAAUAAAAAGGUUUUUGUGAAGAAAUGAAUCAUGGGCUGGAUUGCUAAUUGUAAAUAUCAAUUAAGAGAAUUGUUAGAUAUGAAUAGUUUGUGUGAAAUUUUGAAAUGUGAUGAAAUUUAUGGUAUACAAUAUUGCAGUGUUAUGCAAUUUAUGAUUUAAAAUGUAAUAAUGUAAUAUCUUUUUCUCUAUAUUAAAAGAAUUGUAAGAGUUGA